AUGAAUAACAUCAUCCUACCCAUUGUUGAUGUACAGAGAGGCAAACAGAACGGCAACCUUGACGUUUCUGCAGCUCGCACCCAGAUCGCCAGUCUUCUUACAAACUUGCAGAGACUUGAGAAUGACCACACCGUCCCAGAUGAUUUACUGAAGAGCACCAUCCAGUCAGUAGUGUUAGUCAGAGAUAGUCUCCCUGAUUUGACUCAACAUGCUCAACACAGCAGUCAUUCAGUUGAUCGUUAUGAGGACACAGUACCAAACCCUCACGGACGUGGCAGAGAUCUAUGUGACAUUGACAUCAGCAAACUACAACAGCUAAUUGAUAUGGGAUAUACAGUGAAAGAGAUAGCAGAGAAAGGUUUACUAGAAUACAACAGAGACCACCCUAAUUCAGGUUCAGCUGAGGUGCAUGCUUAUCUUAAGACAAGAGGCAUUUCCAUUAAAAGAGAAAGAUGCAGAGAGAUGCUGAGAAAUGUAGAUGCUUCUGGUACAGCCUUGAGGUGGUCAGCUACUAUACAAAGAAGGAAGUACAGUGUACCAACAGCAAAUUCUGUGUGGCAUCUAGAUACACAUCACUCCUUGAUAAGAUGGGGAAUAGUUGUCCAUGGUGGAAUCGAUGGACAUUCCAGACUGGUGUCUUUCCUUAGGGCCGCCACUUGUAACACCUCUAAGGCAGCUGCGUCGUUCUUCCUCCAGUCAGUGAAAGCGUACGGUUUUCCGAGUAGAGUCAGAGUUGACAACGGUACAGAAUAUGGGGACAUUGGUCGGUUAAUGAUAUCAGUAAAUGGCGAUGGCAGAGGGUCAUUCCUGACAGGACCAUCAGUACACAAUCAACGCAUAGAGAGACUUUGGCGGGAUGUUUUCACCAAGGUAUUAGAUACGUUUUACAAGCUGUUCCACUACAUGGAGGAAAGACAGCUGCUCAAUGUUAAUGAUAAAACACAUAGAUGGGUUUUGCAGUAUGUGUUCGUGCCGAUAAUUGACAGAGCUCUGAGACAGUGGAUGGAGACCCACAACACACACAAGAUUAGAACAGAGAACAAUAGAACACCAAAUAUGAUGUGGUUCCAGUCACUAGUCCAGGGUGAUAGCCAGCGUUACACAAGCGUUCGGAACAUUGAGCAGCCUCCAAAUGAAGCAGUUUCAGAUGCCAUUAGAGAUUUGCAAUUGAGUGAAGAUGACACCACCUACCUUGUUCCACGUGAUCCCUGCCCUUUGAGUCAGCACAACUUUCAACAGCUGCAAACAACAAUUGCCAUCAACAGAAAUUCAACGAGCCAUGGACUUGACAUAUUUGGUGAUGUGAUGCAGUUUGUUUUAGCACAUCCAACAGAACUUUGAAAUUGUUGCUUUUCUAGGACAUUUUUGUGACUUCAGUUAGUGCCUGACAUGUUCAUGUUGUAUUUGUUGUAAGAUACCAAUUCUUUAAUGUAUUAUUUAUUAUACAUGUAAAUAUUUGUAUGUGCAGUGAUGAAAAAAUAAAGAUUGUAAGGAUGAUCUUUUUUAUUAAAUUAAAAGUUUGAAAUUGAGUUGUAAGCAUAGGCAUCAUCUCUUAUUUGUAAAUUUGCAAUCAUUAUUUUAAGCAAGGUGAACACAUUCGUUUUGAAGGUUUUAAUCAAAAUAUAUGUUUUUGUAUAAAACAUAGUACAUUUUCUCUGAUAAAUCUAAUAUGCACAAGAAACAAUUUAUCUUGAAGAAUGGAAAUGCAAAUACUCGUUUGUACAUGUGUUUUCUUUUGUUUUCAAAUUUAUGCCAUUUGUUAUUAAUCAUGUCCAUGUGGAAAUAUAUUUAUUUACAGUA